GGUACCUUCACUGAACUCUGGUUUAAAACUUGGCGUGUGCAUAUUGGUUACAUGUUUGGUUUUCUUGAUGUUUGAACUAGCAAACGACAAAGGAAAAAGGGUGGAGAUUUCUGACAUAGGCUCCUAUAUGGUCAAUUCGCCGAUAAUAAAUAUUUCUGUCAGUGAGGGUGUAGUUUCAGACACAUCAGAGAACGUGAUUUCAACAUUAACAAAUUCAGAUCAACUGUUCGAGUCAAAAGAUAUAAAGCCAAGUUUAAGUCAUUCGGAACAGAUAUCAAUUAAAAAUAACUUGAUGUUUAUAAAGACCCACAAGUGUGGAACUUCCACCGUAACUGAUGUUUUUUAUCUUCGUGGAGUCAGAAAAAGGCUCAACUUUGUGUUGGUUCCUUAUAAAACUGACAUAAACACCGUUGUAGAUUACCGGCACCUGCUACCUCCAAGACCUGGAUCAGUGUACAACAUGCAGUGUGUACACGGAAUUUUCCAACCAGACGCUGAACACACGAUAAUGCCCAAAGAAACCUCUCUUUACUCUACUAUUGUCAGAUCUCCAGUGUCCCAGUUUAAGUCUGCUUUUAGCUUUUUUAGGAACGAGGACAAAAUGCGAAUGAAGUACGGUGACCUAUCAAUAGACGCGUUGAUUGGACACUACUUGGACAAAAUAUCCGAACCUACAGAAUACACUGCCCCUGUUAUAAGCGGGUGUAUCAACAGUGUGGCUAAAGACUUGGGAUGGGACGCUUUUAAGCGCAGAAUGUUGGAAUCAACACUUCAAGAGAAGAUAAACGCCUUUAUAGAACAUCUGGACCAAGAGAUGGACUUUGUUAUGAUAACCGACAGAAUGGACGAAAGUCUUAUCAUUCUUAAAGAAUAUCUUGGCUGGAAUAUGACUGACAUUUUGUAUCUAAAUCGUAAUGUCAGUUCAAAGCCAAAAGUGACACUGUCAGAGGAAACUAAAGCCAGAAUAUUGAAAUAUCAAGUUAUAGAUGCUCAAAUAUUUGAUCAUUUUAACAAAUCAUUCGAGCUGCACCUCCAUAGGGUAGGCAGAGAAAAAGUAGCAUCUCAAGUCAAUGAGUUUGUAAAGAUGAGGGAAUCUUUUGAAAACAAAUGUUUAAACAAAGAUAAGAAUAUUAAUAAUCCCAAUGCAUCACUCAGAUGGGAGAUAACAGAGUACGGUAGUAACAUAAAUGUGGCCUGCACAUUUUUACAGAAUAAACCUUUAGUAAUGACUAAAAUCAUUACACAGCUUCAGCUUUCCCAAGACUAUACCAUUCCUAUCAAAGGACAAGAAGAGCCUUUCUUGAUGCGAGAUAUCGUUUCUAAAAUCCAACAGGACUAUGAUAAUAAUGAGGAUCUAGUGUGAUCGAUCUGGUGAAAUUAAGACAGUUUUGAAACACUGAGACAGUCUGAGUUCUUUAGCUUUGAUCAGUAUCUGAUGGACGGUGCUAAAGCUUCCAAAUGAUACUUUGACAUGACAGCUUUAUGUUUUUCAGCAGCUUUAUUUCCAAUUCGAGCAGCUUCGAAGCGUGGCUUCUCUGCCAAUAUAGUAUAUUUUUUAUUUAUUUAUGAUAGUGUGAUGUUUAAGUUGCAACUCAAAUUUAUAAUUCU